AUGACAUAGGAAAAUAUAUAAAAUGUUUAAGUAAUAAUGUCUGCUUAAAGCUUAAGUUCAAAUAACUUAACUAUAACACAAGAUACUUUUAAUACUCUCUCUCAGUAAAAUUUCUACCUUUAAGAUUUCUUUUUCAUUUUUAAUAAUAGUUCUAAUUCCACUUACUAAAUAAAUCUCAACCAAAAUACUUAAAAUGUUACCUGGUAGAAUAUAUCUGUAAUAUAAUAGCAGAUUAGUUUAACAUAAUUGACAUUCCAAGAUAUUGACCAUAUAAAUCUAAAUUAGAUUAAACUCAGCGGAUUAUAAAACUAUGGAAAAUAAGAAAGUAGUCUUUUAAAAUUCAUGAAUAUUAAAGUUGUGGAGAUUUCAGAUUUGAUAAUAUAGAACUGUAUAUUUUAGCCUAAUUCUUAAAAAUAUUUCUUUGACUUUUAUGAUGUUAAAAAUGUAACAAUAAAAAACGUCUAAAUAUAAUAAAACAUAGAUGUUAAUUAAAUUUUUAGAUUUUCAUUAAUCGGCUAAUUGAAUUUAAGAAAUAUUAGCAUCACUUAAAAUUAGGCUAGUCUUUAAGGUAGUUCCUAUAAUAUAUAUAAUUUAGCUCUCUUUUAACUAUUUGGUUGCUCCUAUUCUUUUUUUGCUGAUUCUUUUAUUCAGAAUAAUAUUGGUAUAGCAAUCAUAUAAUCAUACAGUAAUUACACUUAAGGGAGUUAAUUAAUUACUUUUAUUGACGACUUAAUAGUCUUUUAAAACACAACAUUAAUAUAAAAUGUUAUUUAAUAGCAUUUGAUUUAAAUAAAAAGCUCAUAUGUUUAAAUAAACUAUAUUAACUUUACUAGCAAUGAAGGUGGAUUUUUGAUAGAUUCAUCUAGUUAAGUUUAAUUUUCUAAAUCUAUAUUCAAUAAAAAUACAGCUUAAAAUGGUGGAGCUAUUUAAUUUAAAAAUGUGAUUUCAUUAAUUCAAUUAAAUGAGUCUUAGUUUUCAAAAAACAGAGCCAAAGGUAGUGGAGGUGCGUUUUAUAUAGAAAAUAUUGGAACUUGCUAAAUAAAAUUUGAUAAAGACACUUAAAUUGUAAAUAAUUAUGCUUUAAUAGGUGGAGGAAUAAGAAUAGUUUAAACAAAUUCUUAAUACUUAAACAUACCCACUAAUUUCCCAUUUUAAGUAAAUGUGUUUAAUAAUUAAGCUGAAAUUUAUGGCAAUGAUUCAGCAACUUAUUUGCAAAAUCUAAUAAUUUAAAAUUAUUAUGACCCAAAUUAAAGUACUGAUUAUGAAUUUGAGUUUUAGAACAACCAGAGCUAAGUUCCAUCCUUUUAUUAAUCUGAUUAUUAAAAAUAUAUUGAAAUAAAAAAUUUCUAAAGUGGAGGGUAUUUGGCUUUGAGAAUAUAUAUAAUAGAUAAUUAUAAUAGAUACCUUACUUUUUCUAAAGAGACACUUACUAGCAAUUUAUACCCUAGUGAUAUUCAAUAAGAGCUAUAAAACAUUCAGAUAUAAAUUUCCAAUUAAAAUAUUUAAUAAACCUAGCUUAUAGGAGAAAAGAUAUUGAAUUAUAAUCAAUAUAACGAAACAAGCCAAAGCUUUGAGCUCACAGGUCUUUAAAUUUAAGGAGUUUUAUCAAGCCUAUAAAUAUUUACUUUAAGCUCUAAUAUUUACUCUUAAUCAAUAAUUCAAAAACCAAUUGCUAUGUAAAUUAUUUUUCGAUAAUGUAAAUUGGGAGAGAUAAUAUAAUAGUCAACAAAUUUAAUAAAUACUUGUAAAUAAUGUUAGUCUGGUUCAUAUUAACUUAUAGAUCCUUAGAUUUUAUAUAAAAAUUCGUAAAACCAAUAGCAAAAUGGUGUUAAAAAUGAAUGCAACUCAUGUCCUUUUUCAGCUAUAAGCUGCUAAGGUGCAACAGUUAUGUUGAAAAAUGGAUAUUGGAGAAGUGAUAAUUUUUCUGAUGAAAUAUUGGCUUGCGAUUCUAAUAUUGGAUCAUGCUAAGAAUAAAAUCCAUAGAAUCAGCAAGGAUGUAUAGAAGGUUAUAUGGGUCCUUUAUGCGAAUAGUGUGACACAAUUGGAUAAAUUUGGAAAAAUAAAAGGUAUACUUAACAAUUUUAAUUAGGGAAGUGUGAAGUUUGCUCUUAAAGUACAUUAUAAUAUGCUUUCUUGGUUUUAAAAGGAUUUUUUUUCAUCGGAUAUUUACUUUUUACUUUAAAAGUUUUUAUUAACUAAUUUAUUUUUUCAUAAAGAUGCUAUUAUUUAAGAGCAAUGAAAAUCAUACCAGUUUCUAAAAAUUCAAUAAAAGAUAAAUCAGGUUUUUUUAUAAAAAUUAUUGUGAAUUAUACUUAAUUAUCAUAUAUUUUAAUUGGUCAGCCUCAACUUAUACCUAUAAACAUAAACAUUCUUGGAAACUUAAUUGGAUAAACAAAUAGGUAAUUUGCUUUUGGUAUAGAAUGUAUUCUUAGUGCAUAAACUAUAGAAAAAACUGGAAAAAUAGUUAUUAGUGCCUUGAUUUAAAGCUUUAUUCCUAUUUUCUUUAUUAGUCUACUUUAUCUUUGCUUUUAUAUAAUUCAAAUUUUUAGUAAGAAAGUAAUUAAAAAGCAUCAUUAUAUCACUUUAUUUUCGAUAUUAUUUACUUUCUUUUAAGUAGAAUAGAUUUCUUACUUUUCUAAUUCAUUAACAUGCAGAUAAAUAGGAUCUAAGAAGUACAAUCCAAAUGAUCUAACCUAACUAUGUGAUUAAACUAACAUAAAAACAUUCAUAUAUCCAUAUUCAUUAAUAAUCUUGUUUCUAUGGUCUUUUAUACCUUUGGUUUUCCUAUUUAUGCUGAUCAAAAAAAGAAAGCGCUUAAACGAAUGUUCCACAAAAUAUAAUCUUGGCUACUUUUAUGGGGAACUAAAAGAAAGGUAUUAUUAUUGGGAGUUUGUUAGAAUUUAUAAAAAAAUAUUGAUAGUUUAUAUUCAUAUUCUUCUAUCAAAUACUUUUAUAAAUUCUUCAACAAUUCUAAUCAUUUUCAUAUUUGUAUUCUAUUUAAAAUUUGUUUUUUAAAUAAAGCCUUUUAUUUAAUUAAGAAUCACCUAUAUUGAAUUAACAGCUUAUAGUUUAAUAGUUUUUAAAGUCUUUUUGGUAAGUAUUAUUUAAGAUAAAAGCUCUACUUAAUUUUUUAUGGAGGCUUUCAUUAUGGCUUUAGAUUUUCUAUUUUUCAUUCACUUAAUUUGUAUUAUUUUGGCUUAUAAAGCAAGCGAUAAAAAUUCUUGGUUCGGAAGAGGAUUAAAUUUUCUCUUAAGAAAAAUUUUACCAAAAAGGUACAUUAAAUAGAUAAAUAACUUGAGUUAAGUUAGUAGUAAAGUAUAUUUUAGAUGGAAAUUUUUAAGAUCAAAUAUCAGUAAAAUUAUUCAUGACAAAGCUAACUAAAAUAUUAGCAACUUAAAUAAUAAUUUUACAUAACCCAUACAAGCUAUAUCAAGCAACCUUAAUUCAGAUACUUAAUGCUACCCAUUAACUGGUAAUAUGUAAUUAUCCUCGAAAGCGUCCUCGUGCAAUAGUCCCAAAUUUGAACUUAAUAAAAAGAAUAAUUCAGUUUUCAGGCUUUUUAAGUAUAAAAAAUAGCAAUCUGAAGAUGUUGAUGAAGAUGGUCAAGAUUAUAUCAUAGAAACUAGCUAAUAAAAUAAUCUAGUUUAAGAGCCUUAGAAAGUUGAAUCCUAUAGUUUUAAAACAAGGUCAUCGAUACACAAACAGUACAAUUUAGAUAGUUCAUCUAAAUAAAUCAAAAUAAAUAAUGCAUUUUAAUGA